AUGGAUUCAGAUUUGUUUGUCAAUGGUGAUGAAAUUCCUUCCGGGAAAUUACCCUUACUAUUUAUAUUUGAUCUCGAUUAUACACUUUGGCCUUUAUGGGUUGAUACUCUUGAACCGCCGUUUAAAGCGAGUCCUUCAGAGCUUCACACGGUGAGAGACAAGUAUAAUUACGAAAUUAAAUUGUUUCCGGAUGUUCCACGUAUUCUGAACUUUAUCAGAAAGAAUAUCCCGAAUUCCAAGAUUGCAGUUGCUUCUCGAACUGAUAAACCAGAAUGGGCACGCAAAAUCCUCUCAUUAAUGUCAUUUCCAGUGCAACAAGAAGAAGACGCAAUUGCAUCGUUGAACGAAUUGUUCGACUUUGCAGAAAUUUAUCCAGGCUCGAAACUGACACAUAUGAAAGCAUUGCGUAAUAAAUCAGGGAUUGCAUAUGAUGACAUGAUCUUUUUUGAUGAUGAAAUUCGAAAUAAUGAGGUUGAGAUAAGUAGAGGCAUUCGUUCAUCUCUGGCAGAAAAUGCUACAUUUUACGACACGGUUAAUGUGACUAGUAACGAGAAUUCAUGGAAUUUUUUUAACGCGGAAAAUUUUGUAGCAACGGCAGAAUCACUAUUUCAGAACACUCCGCUCGCGGGACCUGACAAAAUUUUCCAUUUGACUGCCGUUUAUGCAAGUGAUGAGUUUCCCCAAAAAAUCAAUUUGGGUGUUGGCGCCUAUAGAGAUAAUGAUGGGAAACCGUGGGUUUUGCCUGUUGUCAAAAAGGCCGAGGAUAUUCUAAUAAAUGAUCCAAAUAGAAAUCACGAAUAUCUUCCAAUUACUGGUCUCCCGACCUUUAGAGCUGCAUCAGCGAAACUGAUCCUCGGUGCCGACAGCCCAGCAAUUAAAGAGAAUCGCGUAUCAACCUGCCAAACGAUUUCCGGUACAGGUGCCAACCAUCUUGGUGUUCUCUUCUUGUCACGCUUCUAUCGAAAUGAUGUUCCAGUUUUGAUAUCAAAACCCACUUGGAUCAACCAUAGAGAUAUCGUGAAUAAUGUUGGUCUAGAAGUUCGGGAAUAUGCUUAUUAUGAUCCUAAGACGAAUGGGUUAGACAUAGAUGGUUUCUUAAAAUCAUUAAAUGAUGCACCAAAUGGUUCUAUCGCUUUAUUACACGCUUGCGCACAUAAUCCAACUGGUGUUGAUCCAUCUCAAGAGCAAUGGCGUAAGAUCGCUGACGUUAUUGCAGCUAAAGGUCACUACCCAUUCUUUGAUUGUGCGUAUCAAGGAUUCGCUAGUGGCGACUUAGACAGGGACGCAUGGGCUGUUCGUUACUUUGUUGAGCGCGGAUUCGAGCUACUUGUUUGUCAAUCUUACUCGAAAAAUUUUGGACUAUACGGUCAACGUACUGGCUGUUUGACGGUCGUGUCAAAGAAUGCUGAUGCUGCUGUCAAAAUUGAGAGUCAAAUAGCGAAGCUUCAACGCGCCGAAGUAUCUAAUCCUCCGGCAUACGGUGCUCGGAUUGUAAACUUGGUUCUCCAUGAUCCCAAAUUAUAUGCAGAAUGGAACGAUAAUCUCCGGACGAUGAGUUCGCGUAUUAUGGAUAUGCGAAAACAACUGUACGAUAAACUAAUCGAAUUGGGGACUCCGGGAACAUGGAAUCAUAUUAUCGAUCAGAUUGGAAUGUUUUCUUUCACUGGAUUAAAACCAUCGCAAGUACAGGUAUUAAUACAGAAGUAUCAUAUUUAUUUGACAGAUAAUGGUAGAAUUUCAAUGGCCGGGUUGUCAACGAAAAAUAUAGACUAUUUUGCCAAGGCUGUCAACGAUGUUGUUAGAAACGUUGAAUAG